CCACCGAAGGGACAUAAACGAAAAUCUGAAGAUUCUUCUGGACCACCGAACGGACACAAACUGACAGAAUCACGAAGGAAGAGAGACAGAGAGCGUAAAAAAUGCAGUCGAUGAAGGAGAAGGCUUCGAACAUUGCAGCUUCUGCGAAAGCUGGCAUGGAGAAGACCAAAGCCACUUUGGAGGAGAAGGCGGAGAAGAUGACGACGAGAGACCCAGUUCAGAAAGAGAUGGCGACGCAGAAGAAAGAAGACAGAAUCAACCAAGCCGAGCUCGAGAAACGGGAGGCGCGUGAGCACAACGCGGCCGCCAAGCACGCAGCCGGCGCCGGCCUUGGGAGCCCGGGCUACACCACUAAGGGAACAGGUCAUCUGGGCUCCACCACCGGACACGGAACCGGGGCCCUGCCUGGCCACGGCAUUUCGCCCGCGGUCGAGGGUACGGUCGUAACCGAUGCGGGGACCGGUCGGACCAUCGGCCAGACCGCUCGUACGGGAGGUGGUGGCACCACAGGGUUCACGACCGGUGGGGAUUACCGUGGAUAGGUUGUGGUUUUUGUUUAUCUCAAAUGAGUACAAACUUUUUUACGUUGUCUUUGGUUUUGGUUUUGUUAUGGUUUGACCGGUCGUUUUUUCUUUCGGAUGAUGUGUUUGUGGGGUUUACUUGAUCUGAUUUUGCGUGUUUUUUCUGUAAUAACCUAAAGUUUUUUUUUAUUGAAAUAAAACGUUCCUUGAUGUAUA